UGUCUCAGCUUCUCGUGUGGACUGCCUUACCUAUCAAAGCAUCUCAGAUAUGCAAGAAGAAGAAAUGUAUACUUCUCUUCGAUGGGAUAAUCCAACAUCAAACCCUUACCAGAAACAUCUGCCUUCCACCAAAUGUUCAGGAACAUGGUGUCUUGUGAUAGUGAUUGCAUGUAUUUUCUGCGUGGGCUCAAUAACAACCUCCAUUUUCUUGGGCAUCAAGUUGUUCCAGGUGUCCGCUAUUGCAAUGAAGCAGCAAGAAAAACUCAUCCAACAGGAGAGAGCACUGUUGAACUUCACACAAUGGAAUAGAAACCCUGACCUCCAGAUAAAAUAUUGUCAAACCCUCAUGAAGAGCUCUUUAAGUUCAGCCCAUAACUGCAGCCCUUGUCCAGACAACUGGAUUCAGAAUGGAGGAAGUUGUUACUAUGUCGUUGAAAAUCACAAAAUCUGGCAUGCCAGUAAAGAGAAUUGUUUGAAGGAGGGCUCUACUCUUCUACAAAUAGACAAUAAAGAAGAAAUGGACUUUAUCACUGGCAGCCUGAAGAAGAUCAAACGCAGCUAUGGUUACUGGGUGGGACUGUCUCGGGAUGGACUCAGCGGACCUUGGCUUUGGCAAGAUGGCUCCUCUCCUUCCUCUGACCUGUUGCCAGAACAGAGACUCGAAUCACCUAACCAGGUCUGUGGAUUCCUCAAAGACAAGUUCCUUUCUUUCGCUAACUGCAGCAAUUGGAAGUAUUUUAUCUGCGAGAAAUACGCAUUAAGAUCUAUCUGA